AUGCUUGCAUCACUGGCGCUGGCCAUCUUUGCGCUCGGCUCCUCCGCCUUUGCUGCCGAUGAGUACAGCCUGAAAGAUAUCCGCCACAUUGUGCUCUUCAUGCAGGAGAACCGGGCCUUCGACCACUAUUUCGGCUCUAUGGCUGGUGUCCGUGGAUUCCAAGACCCUAACGCUCACAUCUCAAACAACACAGGCAAGGACGUGUUUCAUCAGCCUGUAAAGGCCUCGGCACUCGCGUCAUACAGCAGGCCUAAGAACAAUGAAACUGAGCUUUUGCCGUGGCACUUGAACUGGCAGGGUGGUGAUUGGUAUAACCGCACGCAAUGUAUGGUGGCUGGAUCGAACAGCUGGCAAGCGAACCAUGCUGCAUGGAACAAUGGCCAGAUUGACCAAUGGGUAAACAAAAACACACCAUACAGUAUUGGUUACUAUCGCCGCGAGGAUGUUCCUGUACACUUUGCAUUGGCCGAGUCGUUUAUCGUUGGCGAUGCGUACUACGAAUCGGCUCUUGCUUCCACCUACCCGAACCGUGCAAUCCACCUGUCUGGCUCGCUGAAUGCUAACGGGAGCGUGGUUGGCGGCCAGCCCGACAAGUUGGGAGGUCCUGUGGUAGACAACACAAACACCCCUGGAUGUCAGUUCAGCGACAACGGCAAGCCGUAUUCGUGCCGUCCACUCACUUGGAAAACGGUGCCAGAGUAUCUGCAAGAGGCGAACAUCACGUUCCGUGCGUACCAAGACUUUGAUAACUUUGAUGAGGAUUUGCUCUUCGCCUGGUCCCAAUACCAGAAAUCUGCCCAAGAAAAGACAGAUUUGGCUAAGCAUGGUAUGUCGUUCCCAGGAUUACACAAGUUCUUCGAGGAUGCCGAGAAUGGUAACCUUCCUGAAAUUUCAUACAUCUUUGUACCGGCGCACUUGUCAGAGCACCCUCCGUACAUGCCCCAGGACGGUGCAUGGCUCCAUCGCAAGGUGCUGGAGUCACUUAUGAAGAGCAAGAGCUGGAACAACACGGCUUUGGUCGUCUCUUACGACGAAACAGGUGGCUGGGGAGACCACGUGCUUGGCCCUUUGGCACCUAGGGACGAGCCUGGCGAAUGGAUGGAGGAUCCAUUCCACAGCAAGCUUGGCUGGCAGCCGACGGGUCCCGGUUUCCGUGUGCCUUUCUACAUCGCUUCGCCAUUCACCCGAAAAGGCGGUGUGUUUACCGAACAUGCGGCUCACGAGAGCCAGACUUUGUUCAUGGAGGAGUGGGCUAAGGUGCAUGGCAAGCCGUUCCAUGUGAAAGAGAUGAAUCCCUGGCGCCGUAAACACAUGAGCAACCUCGUCAAUGCGUUCGACUUCUCCAAGAUUGACUCGAGCAAGCCAGACAUCCCAAGUGUCCCUCACCCUCACAAAGACCCUAUCCGCGAUCAGUACAAUGGUGCCUUUGUGUGCCAACUCAAGUAUCGGAACAAGAUCCUACCUGAGAUCCCCUACGGCCAGCAGAAAGAAGAGGACGCUCUUAAGGUCGAGCGCGGGUACAAGCCUGUUCGUGGCAAUCUGAGCGAGGGUCGUUUCCUUCGCUUUGAGUCGGACGGCCACGCGUUGACGUUCCAGGAUGGCAACAAACUUACAACGAAGAAGAGCAACGACAAAUACGACAAGAAUGCUCUGUUCGUUCUUCACUGGCAAGGAAGCAACCCCAGCGAGAACCGCUUCCAAAUCUCAAACAGAGACAAGUCCAAGUUUGUUACGUCGGACUUGCGCUUGUCCGGGAACGACCAAGCUGCUGACUUUGCCGUGCAGGAUAACGGCAACGGAAAGGGUCACACAAUCAUUGAAAGGCAAUCAAAGAAGCAUCUGUCUAUUGACAGUGACGGCAACCUGUCGCUUAAGGACGACGACAAGCCGACUAAGUUCCGCACAUUUAGUGUAUCGGUCUAA